AUGUUUUCCCCUUUGGCCUUCCCUGACGGCGCCGUAUUCUACGAACUCAUAACCCACGUCCCCCCACCUUCGCAUCUCGCGCUAUCGCCGUUCGACUUCUACCGUGAACCCCUAGCGGUUAUUGCAAUCGCUGACGGAGAGGAACUCAGCCGAGUCACCUUCAGCAAGAGACACUCUGGAAAUGCGCCCACCGUUGCCGAACAAAACAUCCGAACGCUGGACCAGGAGUUGGAGGACUUGAGAGACCGCUUCGGAAGGGCACUGGUUCACCGAGUGCUGAUCUUCGACCAUGCGCUUUCGAAGGAGAACCCGGUACCUUUACCCGAGGGACUCAUUGCUAUACCACCGCCGGACGAGUGCAAGCGGACGACCAUGAAAACUAUAAUGUGCGACAUUACGUCGCAGCUCCUGGCGGAAAUGACAAGACUGGCCAAGUCGUUUGAAGCCUGGAACUUCAUCGAUUCUCCCGGACAGUCUCAGUCAAGUAGACAAACGAACGGCGCAUCAUGGGGCGCAGAUGAUUCUGGUUCGGUAAAUAAGAGGGCAUCUCAAUUCGUUCCUGGUCCGCAGAGAUCGAGCUCGACCAGUGGUAUUCCAGAUCGGCACAUGAAUCGCAUGUCUAUGCCGGUUGCGCCUAUGAAGCACAACUCGGCUGUAUCGUCGAGCAACUCAACGCCCGCUCGGCCAUCAACUCCUGUGAAAAGCGGACUGUCGAACCCUCCUACCACUUUUGACGAUUUGACUUCCGGCAUGAGUAGUGACUCUUCGACCCCUGACCGAAAUUCAAGGCCGGGUGCUGGAGACCACUUCAGGUCAGAAAGUUCAGAUCGAGUUUCGGUGCAGGGCUUCGGCCCCGGUGGUCUCAAUGAUCGCUUCAGAGCGAAAGGCAAAAGCAGAGUCAAGAUCCUUAUGGGGUCUUUGUUUCUGCAAGCAGGUCGCUGGACCGAUGCUUUGAAAGAACUUAUAGAUGGCGCGACAGUAGCCAAAUCGAUAAACGACCACAUAUGGCAUGGCAAGGCACUCGAGUUGAUCACUCUCUGUCUACUGCUGCUAGGCUGGGUCAAGGUCGACUUUCAGGUCCCGUCUAUUUGCCUACCCCCACAAGACAAAUCUACGGCUGCUACAUAUGCUGCCCUAGAAGCAGCGACCCCAACUGAUGCAGGCCAGCCCAAGCAUAUUCGAAACCUUCAAAUUAUACUCCCAGACCUUUUGGACCGAAUCGCCGGGCUGUAUUCUCGUAUAUCUGCUGAGCAUCUGCCUCCCUUACCCCUGGCGGAGACGACAAUUAGAUUCUCCAAGAUUUUGUCUGCUUUGCACCUUGCUGACGGAAAGCUCGGAGAGCGUGCCUACGAGAUCAUGAUCUUUGGAAAACUGCCCUCGACCCCUCUGACAACCUCGCCCCGGUUGACCGUUGUCCCGAGCCGACAGUCAAUCGUCACAUUUCUCUUCCGCGCGUUUCCUGCCUCUUCGUCGGAGCUUCUCACCAUCGCAGAUAGAGUUUCGAUUCUAGCAGGAAUCGCAUCCGUUCUUGGACCUCUCGGUCAUCAUCGGAAGAAAGCAAUGGUAACCAGAGAACUCGUUUCCGUCCUAAUCAGCGGACUGGUUGAGGCGCGCACUCGUGGUGCUGCAGACAUGGGUAUACACCCUGCGGCAGGCCUGGUAGCUCUGAAUGCUGCCAACGGGCACAGUAAUAGCGCAGUCGCACUCGAACUGGGCGAAGGCGACGUUGAACAGGGAAUCGAGGCAUUUUUGGCUCUUUUGUGCAAGUCUUACGGUGUUGUCGGCUUUGACAUGAAGAAACAACCCGCAGACGAUGCCAUUUCGACAGAGGACUCGGACGCUGCUGUCAUCGAUAGAAUUCGGGGACAGGCAGCUGCGAGAUUCUUUGGGUUCACCAGUGUCAAGCUGAACAUACUGAGAGCAUGCAUCAACUUUUCUGAGGCGUUGCCUGACUUCAACGGUGUUUUGAAGUUCUCCAGUGAUCUGCUUCGCACGGCUGGCUCAGGAGUUGCCCCUGGCCCUCGCAAAGAAGAUGCAUCACCGGUCAUUACUCGUGACGAACAGACCCGGCUCGCCACAAAUAUUUCAAAGACAUCGAAUCUCGCGAAAAGAUUAGGCCUCAAUCAGCUCGCGGCGGAGUACUGGGACGAAUUCUUCGUCCGUGGCGUCGCCUUAGAACCACUUCCGAUUACCAGAAUUCCGGUCCCGCAUGCCAAAAGUACACUUCCUGGAGCAGUAAUUGCGAGAACUUCUCAAGACGUCAACCCUUUUAUAUACAACCCAUUCCUUAAGCAGCCCGAUAAAGCUGCUGACCACCUUCUCGUUGCGAACGAGCCCGCAACCUUUAGAGUUACUCUCCAGAACCCAUAUGACAUCGAGGUGGAUGUCGAAAGCCUUCGCCUGGACACCAGCGGUGCAGAAUUCGAAUCAAACUUUGAGAGCACCAUUAUUGGCCCGUACCGAACACAGAUUCUCAAAGUCUCGGGAACACCAAAGGGACCGGGUGCCUUGAAGGUAACAGGCGCAAUCAUCCGUGUCCGCGGCUGUCGCGAGAGACGAUUCCCCAUAUUCAAACAGCCAUGGACGCCGCAAGCAGAUGUCAAGGUGAAGGCUACCGGACUUCAAGCCUUGGAAACCACCCUUGCCUCAGGAGCCCUUGUUGGCCAACCGCUGAAGGUAGGGAGUGUCGCAUUGAAUGUCAUCCCUAAACAGCCCAUUGUUAUUGUCAAGUCGACAACGCUACCCCAGGCUUCCGUCAUGGUGCUCGAGGGAGAGAGACAGGUGUUCUCUGUCACGUUGCAGAAUCUCUCCCAAACAACUCCAGUGGACUUUAUGCUUUUCUCUUUCCAGGAUUCCACGCAGGGACCGUUGCAGGCAGGCAUCAACAACAGAGAUGCUACGCCAGCCGAAUUGUACGAAUACGAAUACAUUCUGAUGAGGCGCCAAGGUCUUCGAAGGUUGAACAAGAAGGAACCGGAGAAGCGAUACAUUGCUCCAGGAGGCACUGCCACAUUUGAUUUCGAAAUCCUAGGCAAGCCUGGGUUGACAAACGCUGCCAUUCAGAUCGACUAUGCCCAUCUCGGAGUGCCUCCCGAGGAAGUGACGGACAAAUUCCAUACCCGACAGGUCUCGCUGCAGUUGACGGUCACUGUAAAUGCUAGCGUCGAGCUCACGCGACUCGAUAUCCUGCCUCUCAGCGGACCCGUACCCAAGCCGCUUCUCAGUCUUACAAACCUGGAGUCCAAGGUUGAUCCUUCGACAUUGGCAGAUGAAUAUUGUCUUUUGUCUAUGGAUCUGCGCAAUGCUUGGCCGAACAAUAUGGAGGUCGAAAUGGAUGGUGAGGACGGUAUUGUGAUUGAGGAACACGUUCUCCCGGGGAACACCAGUCGCGUUAUCGUUCCCCUACGGCGCAUUUACCUCGAGGACCCUCACGCAUCGAUCCCGGCACUCAACCCAUCAAGACAGCGGCAAUUUGUUGUGAGCACUAGCAAGAUUACGCCCGACAUGGAACGCUCGAACCGCGAAGCAUUCUGGAUGAGGGAAAAAAUACUGGAAACGCUCACAGCCAGGUGGAAAACAGUAUCUGGCCCAAAGCGAAGCGGCUACAUAGACCUGAGAACCAUUAGGCUUUCACCCAGGAUGAUGGACGCUCUCAGGAUUGAUGAUGUCGGCAUCGAAAUAUCGGUACAGGACCCGGGCCAAACUGUAGGCGAAAUGGUCAAAGAGACGAUACUCGUCGACAACUUUGUCCAGGUCAAGAUUGGUAUCACCAAUCGGUCAGCCAAGCCAGUCUAUCCGAUGUUGAGACUGAUGCCAGCCUUAUGCCACCGUCCGUUGAACGUGGCGUUGGACUUUACGCGAAAAUUUGCCUGGAACGGUACCUUACAGCAGGCACUUCCGCUGUUGGCGGCCAAGGCGACUACAGAAGUGGAGAUUCAGGCCAUGGCACUCUGUCGAGGAGAGUUCGAAAUAGGGGCAUCCGUUGAGGAGUACCAGAUUUGGGAAGAGCCAAAGGAAAAGAAGGAGCAGGAAGAGACACAAGAGAGCCGACAGCGAUCGGACACUCAGACGAUGCUCAACGCGAUCAUUGGUGCGAAGGAAAGGCGUAUAUGGCACUCAAGGCAACCCUGUAUCAUCAAGGUGGUGGAUCAGGACUAG